CUGCAAAUGAGAUUCAAGAAGAGAUUUUGGGGUUUUAUAAGAAUCUAUCAGGCUCUCCUGCAAGCACCACAAGGGCGGUUGAUAUUGGGAUUGCACAUACUGGGCCUGUGCUGAACCAGUUGCAGAGACGAGCUCUUAUUCAGCCUGUUACAAUAAAGGAAAUCAAAGAAGCCUUGGACCAAAUUGGUGAUGAAAAGGCUCCAGGGUAUGAUGGUUUUAGUGUUGCCUUUUUCAAAAAAUCUUGGAGUGUGAUUGGAAAUGAAGUUACCUCUGCAGUACAGGACUUUUUCAUAACUGGGAAGAUCCUUAAAAGUGUUAAUAGUACACUGAUUACUUUGAUACCUAAAAGUGAUACUGCAAAUACUAUUAAGGAUUAUAGACCUAUUUCCUGCUGCACCGUUUUGUACAAAUUGAUCGCCAAAAUCCUUACCAGUAGACUGAGUCCUGUUAUGGAUGUUUUAGUGAGCCCUGCACACUAUACUUGCACAAGAAAUAAUUAGGGGCUACGGGCAAAAGAGGAUAUCUUCUAGAUGUAUGAUGAAACUGGAUUUAAGAAAGGCUUAUGAUUCUGUCCAAUGGAGCUUCCUUGAGCAAUUGCUCCGUGCCUUUAGAUUUCCUAGUCGGUUUGUUAACUGGAUUAUGACUUGCAUUCAGACAGUUUCUUAUAGGAUUUGUAUAAAUGGUCAAGUUACAUCACCCUUCUCUGCCAGAAAAGGGUUGAGACAAGGCGAUCCUGCCUCUCCUUAUCUGUUUGUUCUAGCAAUGGAAUACCUCAGCAGAAUGCUCAAGCACUUGCACACUCAUCCAGAUUACAGAUUUCAUCCCAGGUGCGCAGGAUUAGGUAUCACCCAUUUAUCCUUUGCAGAUGACCUUUUAUUUUUCUCUAAAGGAACAAAGAAAUCUGUAGCUGCAAUUUUGAAUACUUUUGAAAAAUUUAGUCAGUCUUCUGGCUUGGAGGCAAACCUGGAUAAAAGUGAAAUCUACUUUGGUGGUCUGAGUGAGGUUAAAAAAAGGGAUAUUACUGAAGCUGUUCAACUUAAAGAAGGCAAAUUACCUUUUAGGUAUCUGGGAGUGCCUCUCAACUCUAAGAGGCUCUCUAUCCUCCAAUAUCAACCUCUUCUUGAUAAAAUGCUAGGGAAGAUCAGGCAUUGGACUGCGAAGUUGUUAAGUUAUGGAGGCAGAUUACAAUUAGUUCAGAUAUUCUCUAUGCAGUCCAAAGUUUUUGGAGCCAGGUUUUCUGCCUUCCCACAAAAGUCAUUAAAAAAAGGCCAAAUUUGUCGUGCCACAGUUACAUAAAGCAAUUACGGGGUCAACCCCUUUAUUUAAAGUGAACGUGACAAUAUUAGUGAAACCAUAUAAAAAUGGUUUCAAUAUUAUUGAUAAAAUACAGACCAAUGGAAAUGGAAAUUUUUCUAUAUUAGUUACAGUAAUCAUGUAUUUCAUGGAUUUUCAUUUCGACAGUUUUUGAAAAGAAGAUAACUUAGCCUUAUUUUAACUUUUUCCAUUUGGACGUGGGUUCGUUUCCAAUUAAUACAUUGGUUUGUCUUCUUGUAAUACUUUUGAGUGUUAGAGUGAUACUUUUGACAUUUCCAAUUCCUUUAGAAAUGUUAUUAUCAUCAAUCAUUUAAUUAUUUUAUAAGGGAUGAAUAAAGAUUACACCAAUGGUUUCAUAUAGAUAUCAAAGUACAUUCUUGAUACUAUUUCAAUGAUGAUAUACGAUGUAUUGGUCCUAAGCUAUUUUCAGUUAACACGUUCUUGAGAAUGUAUUAUUUAAUCGAAUGUGUUUGUCAAAGUACAAUCAUGCGCAUAUUGCACUUUCAUUGAGAAUUGCUUCUCCCAAUAACUUUCCAAUAAUGGAUAUAUUUUCUAGCAUCCAUAUUUCGACCAAUCAUGGGAGUGCUAAUAGUUUACAUUUAUCCAUAUUAAUUUGUCUGAGAACUCUUUUGGAUGUAUGCAACUGGUGAAUUAUUA